AUGGGGGAACGGGAAGUUGGGAGAAGAACACCAGGAGACUCAGCAAGCAAGGUUAUCCCACCUUCUUCCACCCGCUUUGAUUUAGCCUCACUGUCAGGCUGUCAGUCAAUUGGAUGGUACCCGUCCACAUUGAGGGUGCUUCGGAGCUGCAGCUUAGGUACAGAUGUGGCCAAGUCCAAGAACCACACCUCACACAACCAGUCCCAAAAAUGGCACAGAAAUGGUAUCAAGAAACCCCAAUCACAAAGAUACAAAUCUCUUAAGGGGAUGGACCCCAAGUUCCUGAGGAACAUGUGCUUUGCCAAGAAGCACAAGAAGGACCUAAAGAAGAUGCUGGCCAACAACACCAAGGCCAUGAGUGCAGAUGCUGAGGCUAUCAAGGCCCUAGUAAAGCCCAAAAAGGUUAAGCCCAAGAUCCCAAAAAGUAUCAGCUGCAAGCUCGAUCGACUUGCCUACAUUGCCCAUCCCAAGCUUGGGAAGUGUGCUCAUGCCCGCAUUGCCAAGAGGCUCAGGCUAUGCUGGCCAAAGGGCAAGGUCAAAGCCAAGGAUCAAACCAAGGCCCAGGCUGUAGCUUCAGCUACAGUUCUAGCUCAGGCUCCCAAAGGUGCCCAGGUCCCUACAAAGGCUUUAGAGUAGAUAUCUCUGUCUGCCAAAGUGAGGACAGAAGGGCUGGUGUGACCUGCCUCCCAUCCCCCCCAGCCUUGGGCUGCCCUCUGCAUGGGGCUGGGGUCCUCCUGUGCUAUUUGUGCAAAGAAACCUGAGGCAGGAAAAAAAAAUGAGACAAUGUGAGUGAAGAAUUUUGGCAUGUCAUACGGGGCACAAUGCAAGCUACUAUUACUUGUCUGUCUAUAUGGUGUUUUUGUCACUGCUGAAACACACUUUCAGUGUAUUACUUUGGAAAAGAGGCUUGCAAGUACCAUCACAAUAGUUCUGCCCUGUACUGUUGGGAAUAUUAAUGGCCACUCCUGUUUUACAUGCAAGUCCUAUGUCAAGCACCUCAUGUGAUGCCUGCCUGACUCAGGGCUCAAUGAAUGGUUCCUUUACUUCCCCUCCUGGCUUUGUGCUUUUAUGGGUGAAUUGCAUGGGAUUUGACGAUCCCACAUCCAGAGAUUAACUAGCUGAAUAAACCAACUAGAACUAAAACUUAGAAUUCUGCCAUGUUUUUCAGACCAUGGCUUCUUUUCUGUUACUCUUUCUACAGUCUUUUGUGUGUUCUCUUCACAUUUUUUUGGUAGGUUGAUUUAAGUUGGUAGGAUCACUGAGGCAUAGUAGAAGCUAAUCUGUACUGAUGUCUUAUUUUCAAUUUGUAGAGGCCCCAGGGCACUUGUGUGAUAAAUGGUGCUGUGUAAAUUAAAAUGCAACUAAGGAUCUCUUCAGUGUUUCUUAAAUUAAGUUUAUUGUGUGUGGUAAUUUGCACCUAGAGGCUUUUGUUGUUAUUUGUUGUAGUGACUAUGGCAGUAAUGAGCCUGCUCCCAGAAAAGCUUGGCACAUGCCCCAUAGACAGUUUAUUUGCAUUUGGCAGGACUCCAUGGUGUACCCUGAACAAAUGAAUCAGCCUGUUGGAGGGGUGGGGAAACUGAAUCAUAGGGAGGCUGUGGGUCUUGCACAUGAUCCUCAGUGAUCCUGAGAUGGGGGAAUUCCAGAGUUCUGUGUCCUUUUCCUGACUGGGUUAUUCCUUAGCCUCAGGAUUUGGGAGCAUCAAGCCCCAUGUCACCCUUAGAAGCACAAAGCCAGGAGAGGAAGUAAAGGAAUCAUUGAUUGAACCUUGAGUCAGGCAGGCAUCACAUGAGGUGCUUUGACAGAACUCACAUGUAAAAGAGGAGUGGCCAUUAAUAUUCUCAACAGUCUAGGAGUCACAUUCAGUCUUUGCUUUAUUGUGGUAGGUAACACUGUUUAUCUGGCAGCUGCAUUGAUCCAAACCACAUGAAGAAAUGAAAAAAAAAUGUGCUGGGAAAAAAAAGCUUUAGAGUGAUCCCAGAGAACACACUAAGGCUUAUAUACGUCAAAAUCUCAUGACAACCUUAUAAGAUAAAUAGAGUGGAUGACACCUUCAUGAGUCUUAGAGAAGCCAAGAAACUUGCCUGAGAUGGGGUGAUCACAGAGUAAAUAGCACACCAAGGACUGACAGAUCACCACUCAAAGAUUCUCUAAAAGUUAACAUGAAACAUUAUAUCAUGUUUUAUAUUACACACACACACACACACGUUUUUUAGUCCCUGUUUCUACCACCCUUGUUGGGAGUUGAGGACACUAGAUCUGGGAAGUUUCAGUACUUUUCUCUCAGACAUGUAAGGCAGGUCUUGGUGAGCAAAAAGAGCCCAGAGGACAGAGUCAUAAGUCCUUGCUUUGCCGAUUUAUAACUUUAUAUCUACAAUUAAGUUACUUAAUCACUUCAUGCUCCCACUUUCUUUAUCUUUAAAAUGAGAUAAUAAUAGUAACAACUCAUGGGAUAGUUGUAAGGAUGGAAUGAGCUCAUAUAUGUAAAGUGCUGAGGAGAGUGCCUGGUCCAGAGCAACUGUAUUUUGUUUUUGUUGUUGUGGCUGUGAUAAAGACCACACAGCUUGGAGAAACCCCAAAAUCUCCCUCUUGCUUCCCUCCUGCUUUCUUAUUGAGGAACUGUAGGGAAAUAACCUUUUUUUUUUUUUUUUUUUUUUAAACUUCACAGGUCAUGUUGGCUCAUAGUUUACAGUAAACACCAAGUACAUUCAGUUGGUUGUGCCCUCAGUUCAGGGUAUCUUACCUAAUGUUCUGCCCUGUGACAUAAACCCAGGUAAAGGGCUUUCAAGCCUAGACAUGGGAGGAAUGUUAGUAUUCUCAGUCAUUUGCAGCCAGGCAUGAAGCUGAUGUCUGUCAAUAUAGAGCCUGCACUAGACAGCAUUGUUUAUUAGGUAAAAUUGUCAGUAGAACUCUGCUAUGCCUCUUUCCUGUGCCUCCCACCCCAACUCAGGGCCUUGGGGCUCUGGCCUCUGCAUGACCUGGUGGGAUUGAACUUCAGUAAGCACCUCUUCUUGCCCACAGCCUCGCAUCUGACUACCACCUCGCUCCAAGUCCAGUUACCUCAGGCUUUCUAGGUGUCUUGCUACACUGGUAAACUAAUUGUAUCUUAGGUAUUUAUAGAAAGAAUUAAUGAAUAAACAAGUGUAUUGAGGCAAUUUAAAAGCAGUAUAAUAAACAGUACCAAUACAUCUGCCCAACCCACAGCCUGGCACAUAGAGGCUUUUGUUGUUAUUUGUUGUAGUGGCUUAAUGAAAAUUUAUUGAAUAAUUUAUUACUUUUGGUGUAAUGCAUUAACUAUCCUAACUGUAUGUUAGAAGCCCAGUUCAAAUGCUGGCUCCUUUGUUGAACUGUUCUUGUAUCAAAUACAAAUUCUCCCUUUUCUAUAAUAGAACUUUAUAGGAAAGUUUAUAUGUAUAGAGUUUAUAAAAUAUUCUUUAGGG